AUGUCAGUCAGCCUAUCUCAAUCCUCGUUCAGUUUCGUCUGGAGCCUUCCAGGCCUCAAAAUCAGGAAUUACACAACUUUGAAAGAACAUAUUUGCGUUCUGUUCUACAGCAAUUUUGGCCCCUCUUCAGUCACAUCUUCCUACCGAAAAUUCUAUGUACUGACAUGUGCAUUCCGCCUCUAUUGUCAGUCAAGGAUGCGCCGAUUGGAGGAUGAAAAAGAAGACUGGUGCCUGAAACAUGCAUUGCUUUCCUUCAGCCAACACUUUCCCGCAAAUGUUGAUGCCACUUUACAGCAAAUGCGGUUUUGUGGAAGCACAAAUUCGAAGGAAAUCGCCAGUCUCUGUUCAAUUUAG